AUGACAAUGGCAGAAUGGAGAAAUCAAACCAUCAUCACAGAAUUGAUUCUGCAGGGAUUUGGGGAUUUUCAAGACCUACAGAUUGUCCUCUUCAUCUUGUUUCUAACUAUAUACAUCCUUACAAUGACAGGGAACAUCCUCAUUGUUGGAUUAGUUGUGACAAACCACAACCUCCAUACUCCUAUGUACUUUUUCCUGGCAAACCUGUCUUGCUUGGAGACCUUCUACACUUCAACCAUCUUGCCCAAGGUCCUUGUCAGUUCCCUGACUGCAGACAGAGCUAUUUCCAUCCCUGGCUGCAUCACACAAUUCUAUUUCUUUAGUUCUCUGAUAGUUACUGAAUGCAGUCUCCUAGCUAUGAUGUCUUACGACAGAUACAUAGCAAUAUGUAAGCCCCUGCAUUAUGCAACCCUAAUGAACAACAGGCUCUGCCUUCUCAUGGCAGCUGGGUCUUGGAUUAAUGGGUUUCUAGCAAUGUCAAUAAUGAUGUACCCAAUGACAAGGUUGACGUUCUGUGGCCCCAAUGAAAUUGAACAUUUCUUUUGUGACUUUACCCCAGUAGCAAGAAUUGCUUGCACUGAAGCACAAAAAUUUGAAUUGAUGGGUUUCAUAUUUUCAGUCAUUUACAUCCUUCCCCCUUUUCUAUUGACUUUGACAUCAUAUAUGUUCAUCAUCACCACUAUUUUGAGAAUCCCAUCUGCGACUGGAAGGAAAAAGGCCUUCUCCACAUGCUCAUCUCACCUAGCCGUGGUUACAAUUUAUUAUGGCACCCUAAUCAUAGUCUACGUGCUGCCCAAUACAGAAAAUAUGAGAAAGCUAAACAAAGUCUUCUCUGCUUUUUAUACCAUUCUGACCCCUCUGGUCAAUCCACUGAUAUACAGUCUCAGGAACAGAGAAGUGAAGGAGUCUUUUAGGAAGUCUGUUGGCAGACUGACUCGUAGCUUAAUGCCCCAGAAAAUCCAAAACAAUGUUUUUAAAAUAGGGUGA